GACAAAAAUAAAUUUUACACAAUGCAAACAGAUUACAAUACAACACUGAAUAAGGAUGCGAUGAACUAAGACGAUAUAAAAUGUAUGCUUCACGCGCUUUUUGAAACAUUGCUUUAGUUCAAACAAUCGUAAACAUCAAAGCAGUAUGGCACAGUCGAAUCAUGGUCGAACAACAGUAAUAGUUGUAUUGACAAUAAAUGUGGUAUUUACAGUUUUACUGGCCGUUGCUAGCGUGUUUCUUUUUCAUCAAGUUUACUGCUUAAAAGAAGAAAAUAACAAAUUGCGAAAUAAUUGGACAAUGUAUAUGUCGUUGCAAAAACAGUCAGAAAACUUGGAUAUAAAUCCUACGGAAGAAGUUCGACUACCAAGCAUAAAGAUUAAAGAUAUGAAAGAAAAUCUAUGCUGCGGUAUAAAAGGAAAACGUGGAAGACCAGGUAAGAAGGGCGACGAUGGUUUACGUGGUAAGAUUGGUCCUCAAGGGAUGCCAGGUCAAGCAGGAGAAAACGGGGAAAAAGGAGAAAAAGGUGACAUGGGAAUUUCUACUAUUAUUUAUCAAAAUCUUACUAAAAGUAAAGAUAAUUUUCCUUUCAUACACAUGGUCGGCGAUGGACGGCAGUAUAAAAAUAUUAACAAUGUGGAAGCAAUAGCCGUAUCAUUCUGGAUAGAAGAUGAUAAAGCAGGGGAUAUAAGGUACAACAAUGGAUAUCUUUUUACCAACAAAAAUGGAUAUUAUUACAUCUACAGUCAGAUGGAAUAUUGCGGAAAUGUGAGACAAGAUCGAAAAAUUGGUCACACGAUGUCAAUAAACAAUAAAAAAGUUCUGCGAACAACGUUACAUGGAAAAACGACGACCACACAUCAUCUUGGAGGAGUUUUUAAACUAAGUAAAGGUGAUAAAAUAUCAAUAAGCCCAGUGGUAACAAACAUACCAUAUUGCUUUGCACGGGAAGAUGCCUACUUUGGAGCAUUUCUUGUUCGCGAAUGACCUUUAAAACAUUGACAAUCUAGCUACAAAAAAAGAAAUAAUUUGUCGUCUUUUGCUAACCGAAUAUGUAAAUAAACUGAUUUAUGAGACAUUUUGUAUAAAACAUCCUUCAAAUAAGAAAUAAUAACUAUCAUUGAUAUUUUUGA